AUGGCUCCGCCGCUCUCCGCGCUGCUCCUGCCGGCCCUCGCCGCCCUCCUGGCCGCGCCCGCCGCCGCCCGCGCCCCGCCGCGCAGCAUCGCCGUGGUGGGCGCCGGGCUGGGCGGCUCUGCCGUCGCCUACUUCCUGCAGCAGCACUUCGGGCCGCAGGUGCAGCUGGACGUGUACGAGCCGGCGGGCGUGGGCGGGCGGCUGGCCACCGUCACCGUCAACAAGCAGCAGUACGAGAGCAGGGGAGCCUCCAUCCACGCCCUCAGCCUCCACAUGCAGGAUUUCGUCAAGAUCCUGGGCCUCAAGCACCGGCGUGAGGUGGCAGGGAAGAGCGCCAUAUUCAGCGGGGAGCACUUCAUCCUGGAGGAGACUGACUGGUACCUGCUCAACCUCUUCCGGCUCUGGUGGCACUAUGGCAUCAGCUUCCUGCGCCUGCAGAUGUGGGUGGAGGAGGUGAUGGAGAAGUUCAUGAGGAUCUACAAAUACCAGGCACACGGCUAUGCCUUCUCCAGCCUGGAGGAGAUGCUGCGCUCGCUGGGGGGUGAUGCCUUCAUCAACAUGACGCAGCGCUCAGUGGCCGAGUCCUUGCUGGAGGUGGGCGUCACGCAGCGCUUCGUGGACGAUGUCAUCGCGGCCGUCCUGCGCUCCAGCUACGGGCAGUCAGUGCUGGUGCCCGCCUUUGCAGGAGCCAUGUCACUGGCGGGGGCCCAGGGCAGCACCUGGGCAGUGGAAGGAGGCAACAAGCUGGUGUGUUCGGGUCUGCUGAAGCUGACCAAAGCCAACGUCAUCCCGGCCAGGGUGACGGGCAUCUCUCUGCACAGCACGGAGGGGAGAGCCCUGUACCAGGUGCACUACGAGGGCAGUGAAGGCCAGGGCUCAGGUUUCUACGACAUGGUGGUUGUGACGACUCCCCUGCACCCCAGCAGGAGCAACUUCACCUUCGAGAACUUUGAGCCGCCCAUCGCCGACUUCCCCGGAGCCUUCCAGCCCUCCGUCACCUCCGUGGUGCAUGGCUACCUCAACUCCUCCUACUUCGGCUUCCCCGACCCCAAGCUCUUCCCCUUCGCCAGCAUCCUCACCACCGACACCCCCGACCUCUUCUUCAAUGCCAUGGACAACAUCUGUCCUGUCAACAUCUCAGCAGCUUUCCGUCGCAAGCAGCCCCAGGAGGCCGCGGUGUGGCGUGUCCUCUCCCAGCAGCCGCUGGACAAGCAGCAGCUGAAGACCCUCUUCAGGUCCUACUACUCGGUGCAGGUGACAGAGUGGCAGGCGUAUCCCCGCUACGAUGCCGCCAAGUCCCUCCCACCCAUCGUGCUCCAUGAAAAUCUCUUCUACCUCAGUGGCGUGGAGUGGGUGGCCAGCUCCAUGGAGAUGAUAGCGGUGGCGGCCAAAAACGUGGCCCUGCUGGCUUAUAACCGCUGGCAUCAGGACCUGGAGAAAAUCGACCAGAAGGACUUGAUGCACAAGGUGAAGACCGAGCUGUGACACCCAGGGAAGGCGGUGGGCCGGGAGCUUCUGUGUGUAGUAACCUGAGGAGUAUUU